UCUCACCAAUGCUGAUAUGCCUGAAGUGCCUCUUCACAAAGGCAACAACAGCUUAUUGAAAUAUAACCAGCUCGGGGAGCAAUACGACAUUUCUAUACUGUUUGAGAUCAAUGCACCAGCACUUUCUAUGAUUGUAUUCAGUUCAACAGAAACUGCCUGCUGUAGCAUAAUCAAUCCAACAAACUGUCCGACAUGAUAUGCUCAUCUAUAGUGCUUGAGUAUAGUGGGUAGUGCUACUGCUAUGUAAAUAUCAGUUUAUAGGCUACCACUACCACUUAAAUCAUGGGUUUUUGGACUCUACCUUGCAGAAACCGAGUUAGACGACCAUCCAUCAACUCGCAAACUGCCCACUGCAAGACAUGUCGGACGUACCCAUGCUAUAUCACAGGGAUGGUGGUGACAAUACUAUUCACUGGCCUCUGCAUGGACAUGUGGCAGCACCAUGUGUGGCUCUCAUGGAUAGACUUCCCAAAUCUACAUGAGGACAUAUUUUGUGGGGGGAAAUUCGUUGGAUACGAUCACAAGUUUGGUUUGCUUAAGCGAGUGAUGGUAUAUCCCCAACAGUGUGCCCGCGCUGCCACCAAAGAGGAAAUGAAACUGAAAAUGCCUUGGCAUCCAGAAUACGAACGGUAUGACGGACAUUGCCAACUAAGGAAAGGAUUCUUUAAGAUCGACUGCGAUGUUCCGUCUUAUACUUUCAUAGAGCGUAACGGGUUCAUUAGUCACUUGAACAUCUGGAUGGACGUCUUAACCAAGCAAAGUGAAAAAUCAAUGCAACAAGUCAGAAAUGUCAAAAUUGAAAACAUGUUCACGAUAGCAUUCCCGCGAUAUGGCUACACAAACUCUUUCUGUAACAUCAUAGAGUUAUAUAACUCGUAUCUAGUGAUGAGUUUUUUCGGAACGAAGCCAAAAGACACAAACAUCUUGCUCAUUGAUACGUUGCCAUCUGGGUCAUUUGAUAGUGUUUGGAGGACGCUGUUUGGUAAAGUGACGAAAAUGAGUGGAAUCAAUAAGGCAACAAAGUUUGAGAAGAUGGUCUGGGGGCCGCAGGAUUAUAGUAGUCCCAUGAUGCAACAUGAGGGCGACACGCUACCACUCGUUGAAAACUUCAGCACAUUUGUUCUCGAUCAGUACAAAAUUCCCAACAACCACAAUCUUAACUGUAACAAUGUCAACGUUUUGUUUAUAUGGCGUCGUGGAUCUGAAAAUCGCAAGAUAAAAAACGAAGGCCAGAUUUUAGACACGAUUCAGAAAAAAUAUCCAAGUUUCACUCUAAAGGGUCUUGAAUUAGCACCACUGGACAUGAAAAAGAAGCUUCAGAUCAUAGCAAGGACUGAUAUACUCAUUGGAAUGCAUGGUGCUGAUCUAACCUACAGUCUUUUUCUUCCUAAGCAUGCUGGUGUAAUUGAACUUUAUCCGAAAUCGUGGGAAAAACUGAAAUACCAGCCACUGAUUGAUAAAUAUGACCGAUUUGAGGCGCUUGGGAAGUGGCGGGGUAUUGUAUACAGCCCCUGGGUAAAUCUAGAUGAAGAAAAUGAACUUGAGAAUGAUUUUACUGUUAUUCCCCCAGAGACAAUGUUAAACCUGUUUGAGGAUACGCUUCGGAAUAUCUGCAGUGAUAAUGUUUCAAAAAAGAUUGUUGGCUUUACAUAAAAAGCUGGAUGUAAGCGCAUCAGAAGGAAGAAAUAUAUUUUCUAGUAGAGGUGCCAUAGAAAUACUUAUAUACCAUAUCCUAUUAGCAAGAAUUCAUAAACUCUUGCUAUUAGUAAGAGAUUAUUUGUUAUUGUUGGACUAGGCCUAUAUACAUGCACAGACAAUCAACAUACUAAAACUUACUUUGAUUGCAAAUUUUAGCAAAUGUAUUAAAUUAUUGGUGGUUUAUUUCAUCAGAAUCCAUAUGCCUUAUAGUGAAUAUGACAGGUAACAUCGCACGUCCUAUUAUCAUUGUUUCGUAGCAACACUGGGCCUAAUAUACAUGUAACCAACAGCAGUAUAAAACAGCAGUAAUAGGACUCUAGUGGCUAUCAUAGGACUUGUGUGAUGGAUUUAGGCUGUGUGAUGUUACAUGAACGUAUAAGAUUACCAAUAGAUUAUUGAAUUCUCACAAGCCACAAGUUUGGGACUUGUCUUCAGCCGAUUUUAUGAAAUGUGUUCAAUUACAUGUAGCAGGCCAGUUACAGUAUUGUUAAACUGGUCAAGUGCUUUCCAAAAUUUGAGUAAAUGCUGCAUUGAAAGUUGUGACAUUUGCAGAGCAAGUUCACUGUCGACCCCAAUUGCAUAAUUGAAGAAAAUGUCCUACCUUUGCCUUGAGAGCACUUCUGACUGCUACUGGAGUGGACGAAAUAUUUAGCUGCAAAAAGAAAGAAAGCGAGUUUAAAAAAAGGUAUAUUUGAACAAAAGCCUAUGCUGUUCAUGUCCAUUGUCUUUUCUUUUGGCUCAGAUACACUGCGUCAGUUAAUAUAUUUACACAAAUUUUCUAAUUCAAGCUCACUUUAUAAUUUUUGAAUGAAGGGAGUAGGACUUAAAAAUGUAUCUUAAAAGAUACAUGGUGCAUGUACAUGAAUUAUCAUAUACAUUUGUAGCAUUGGUGCCAUCUAUUUUCACUAAUAAAUCCAUUUAUUGUCA